AUGGCUUCUACUACCCAUUCCCUCCUCUUCUUGUGUCUACUUGCAGCAUUUCUGGUCUCAACCUCACAAGGCUAUGGCUACAGUCAGGGUCAUAGAUCAUCAGGGAAGAAAGUCAUGAACAAAAUUGAUGCAUGCUGGCGUUGGAAUUCUAAUUGGGCAUCCAACCGCCGCGCCUUGGCCAACUGCGCCACCGGCUUCGGUGAAGGCGCGAUCGGAGGAAAGUACGGUAAAAUUUACGUAGUUACAACUCCGGCCGACGAUCCGGUCAAUCCAAAGCCCGGCACACUUAGGUAUGGUGCAAUCCAAACAGCGCCUUUGUGGAUAAUAUUUAAAAGGGAUAUGGUUAUUAAGCUACAAAAUGAGCUUAUUAUGAAUAGUUACAAGACUAUAGAUGGGAGAGGGGCUAAGGUGGAGAUAGCUUAUGGGCCUUGCAUUACAGUACAAGGUGUGAGCCAUGUCAUAAUACAUGGAAUCAGUAUACAUGAUUGUGUACCGGGGAAGUCUGGGAUGGUCCGUAGCUCUCCGACCCAUGUCGGCCAUCGUCAGGGGUCCGACGGCGACGCCAUUGCCGUGUUUGCAUCCACGAACGUCUGGAUCGACCACUGCUAUCUUGCUCGAUGCGCCGAUGGACUCAUCGAUAUAAUCCAUGCUUCCACAUCCAUCACUGUCUCCAACAACUACUUCACCCAACAUGACAAAGUGAUGCUGUUGGGACACAAUGAUGGCUUUACAGCGGAUAAGAUUAUGAAAAUUACACUGGCUUUUAACCAUUUUGGCCCAGGUUGUGUGCAGAGGAUGCCAAGGGUCAGGUUUGGGUAUGCCCAUGUAGUGAACAACAGAUAUGAUGAGUGGCUAAUGUAUGCUGUCGGUGGAAGUGCCAAUCCAACAAUCUUUAGCCAAGGAAACUAUUAUGUAGCCCCUAACAAUUACAAUUCCAAAAAGGUAACUAAGAGAGAGUGCAAAGGAGGUUGGGUGAAUUGGAAAUGGAGGUCUUCAGGUGACUUAUUUUUGAACGGAGCUUAUUUUGUUCAGUCUGGAUAUGGGUCAUGCUCCCCACAAUACGGCGGCUACCAAUGGUUCACGGCUGCUCCGGCGUUCAUGGUGCCUGCAUUAACAGCCAAUGCAGGUCCCCUUCAUUGUUUUGGAGGACGACAAUGCUGA